GCUAAUAAACGCCAUUGAAGAAGAAGAAGAAGAAAUAGAAGAAGAAGAAGAACUUUCCUCGUGAGUGUGUUUCUCAUGUUAUUCAUGUACCUGUUUUGUUAUUUUUGCUGUCUCAGAUGUGACUUACACUCGGUUUUGCCCCAGCACUCUUAAUAAUAAGGUGUGUUGGUUGUCAUCGGUUCACAUUGACUGUUGGUUGCUAUGUUAGCCGAGCACGAGGAGACCAACGAGCGUCAUGCUAAUAGCAACAAACUUUUCCUUUAAAAUCUGUCCACUUAGUUUAACAGCAGACAUCAAAACUCAAUGAGCGAUAAUGAAGGCCUACACGUUAGCUAUAAUGAGAAGUAGCAUGCUCAUGUAGAGGUUUUUAACAGUAGACAACAGCUUUGGUGAGGACACGUGUGUGAAGACCAAGAUCUCCAGAUACAGCAACAAACUCAGGUUCUUACAAAAGCUGUGGAAGCUGUGUCAGGUCAGUGAGGAGACCGGGGACCGGGAAGUAGUACCUCCUAUGGCAUUUAAGAAGUUCAGCCUACCUCAGGAGCUGCUGAACCAUUCCUAUACCAUCAUCAUCCACUCUGUUCUCUGCACAUCUAUCAGUGUUUGGUUCGGGUCCACCACCAUUCAGGACAGGAACAGACUACAACGUAUGAUCAGGGCUGCAGAGAAAGUCAUGAGGGCCAACUUGCCCUCCACUCAGGACUUAUAGCUGUCCAGAGUCAGGCUGCAUCACUGCAAACCCUUUACACCCAGGACACAAACUGUUAAAACUUUUCCCCACAGGUAGACUUGUCAAAUCAUGCAUGUUUAGCAUUUGAUGUUUGACGUUUUUUUUCCACUUGUAUCUUUAACAGCUCUGUGUCCAUGCCUUGUUUUUUAAGCGUUACGGAGGCAUCUUACAGAGCAAAACUACUUAGAUAGCAAAAAUAAACUAUUAAACUUUGAAGGUAAAGAGGAGGGUGGGAGCGCAGUGAGCUGGGUGUCCAGCACGCCUGUCCAAGGACAUUAGGGGCUCUUCAUACUUCUACUUGCUCCAGAGUCAGAACAUAUUCUAUACAAUAUAUAAACGCACAUUUAUUCCUUAGCUUUUAAUACAUUUUAGUGUUAUCUUGUUUGUUGUCAUCUUAGCACUUGACUUGAGCCUGCUUAUUUAUUUAUUUAUUUAUUGCAUUUAUAUAUUUUUGCUCACUCUAUAUUGUUCUUUGAUUGUUUUAUUUGUUUUUAUGUCGCAAUGUACAGCACUUUGGCUACCCUCGUGGUUCUUUUAAAUGUGCUAUAGAAAUAAAGUUGAUUGAUUGAUUGACUGAUAUGGGCACUUGAAGUUUAAGAACGGCUAAGCUGACUAGAGAAAAACGAGGAAUGACAAGCUUGACCAAAGUGUGAAAACAAAGUUUGACUAAUUAAAAAGAUACCCAGUACAAAACUAAAAUUAGGUCCUAGCAAAUGGCUUAAGAAGUACGGCUGUUUGACCAUCUUAGACUUUGAGUUCGGGGUUAGUGAUGUUGUGCGUUUUAAAAAAAAUCUUUUUAAUUUAUUUACAUUUUUUCUGUUUUGAUUGUAUCAUUUAAAAUAAAGGGAAAAAAAGGUGUUUCUGUGUAGGUAAGGGGUGAAGUAUCUUAGAAUUUCUGACUUCUGAAAUCAAAUAAAACACAUUAUUUAUGAGUCACAUGUUUUCUUCAGGUAAACCUUUUUAAUACCCAGACUGAACAAUAUUUGGAAAAAGGAAGUCCUGAGCAAUAGAGGAUGGAUGGGAGUAGCUAUUCCUCCAGUGUGAACAUGUUUUUCACAAGCUGUCAGCAUGUUCUUCAUGAGAGAGGCUGGAUCAGUUCCUCGUCAUUCGCUGUCAGUAACUUCAUUACUCAAGCUGACAACAUUGUGACAAGUUUCUUCCUGUUAUUCUCAUUACAGGCAUUCCUAUUACAUCUCUAUUCAAAAUGAUAACUCCUGCGUUUGACCUGAGUCAAAACCCUGAGUAUCUGAUCAUCAACAUCCGAGUGCCUUACACCAGAACGUCUGAGUUUGAUCUUCAUGCUGAUGGAUCAGAUUUUAAGUUCUACGCCAAGCCUUAUUUUCUCAGGUGAGUUACGCAGCACCUUUUUUUAAAAGUUCAGUUUCUGUAUGAAUUAACAGAAAACUCACUAAAAUCAAAUUUAUGGGGUAUCUAUUUAGUUUUAAAUUUCAAACUUAGAUUGAGAGGAAAUGUUGCUUCUAUGAAGAUGGAAAUUUAACCAAUAAUAUAGAUAACGACAUCACAGGCCUGUUGUGAUUGCCUGUCUGUAUGUAUGCAUGUGUUUAUCUAUGUAUGUCUUUUUAAUGAAUUUGUAUUUUCAGAUUAUCUCUUCCUGGAAGUAUAGUGACCGACGGGAGAGAGAGAGCAACAUUUGACAUCGACAAAGGUGAAGAACAGUAAUAUGUUGAUCAAAUAAAGAAAUUAUUGUGAAGCCGGAUGACCGUCAUAUCUGCUAUGUAGACUCAUAUAUCAACAUGCUCUCCAAAGUAUAUCUUUAAACUCACCAACUAUUGUGAUAUUUUACGGAGCCACAAUCUCCCAAAACUGUUACCCCUCAGCAGCAAUGUAAAUAAAGUAUUAACUCUAAUUAAAUAUAUGUUUUAAUUACCUGUGGAGUCAAUAUUUGGGCAACACAAGAUCUGGAAGUGAUGAGUGGAGUCUUGAGUGGUUAGAUUAAGGGAUAAGCUUCUGGUUUACUAAGUAGUUUUUGUGGUCCACAAAUGAGAUAAGGUAUUUUUUCUUUUGGCUGAGUUUGUUUUAUUGAUCAAUCAUUAAUUGCCUGUUUGUUUUAACAGCAUAUUUAAAGAAGUGUGGACAAGUGCCUGCAUGAAAGGCUACCAGCCUGAUGUUCUUCAGACAUACUUGUGCUUAAAUUGUAAUGUCUGAUUGUGAUCAUCUGGGAUUUUUCUUAUUUUUCUUUUCCUCAUUGAAAAUUCAGUAAAUCCCCGUUGUGGAAUUUCAUAUCUGUUAGUCUGAGAAGAGAAUUUAUAUUUGAGUAUAUGAAUAUCAGGCUUUAUUGUGUGGCUGUCAUUGAUGAACAGAUAUUGUCAUAAAGCAGAUGUGUAAUAGUAGAAAAACAACAUGUCCUGUCCUCUUCCAGGUCUCUUCACUGUUCAGUUACCCAAAGAAACACCAGGGGAAAACUUUGAAGGACUUCAGAUGCUUACAAGUCUCCUUGCCCCUAAGGGUGCUCGUUCAGCUAAUCCACUGGUAGAGGUCCUAAGUGCUGGUAAGUUGAAUCAUUUAGAUAAGUGACACUGAGAGCAGUCUGUCCUCCUUUGUCUCGCAUUUUGUCUUGCAUCUUCCACAGCCAGUUUGAAGCUUCCUUAUGUUGAGGUUAAUACAUGUUUGUUGUAAUUUGAUCCAAUAAAACUUAAAAAUGCUUUGAAGGCUACCGGAACAGACUAGACUCCAAAGACUCCUCUUGUUUCACAGAGUGACUGCUGGUUGUUCUAUUUUCUCUUAUUUUUCAAUCAACGAUGACAGUGUUUUCGAGUGUCAUUGUUACCAAUUUUGUUUUGUUUUUGGUUUUACAUUUUUUGAUUUAUCAGGUGAUUUCAUUGAUCUAGUCUACAGCACAGUUGACUCCAUUCUUAUUCAAUGGUAGUACUUUGGACAGAAAACAAACAAUUGAAUAUUUGAGAUGAAGGUCUACAGAUGCACUUGCUCUCUGCUCUGGCAAACUCAACUCAACGUCUGUUUUGGUGGUGGUCCGCCAUGCUGCUGCCAAGAGCUAAACUGAAGGUGAAACGAUCCUCAGAGUCUUCUGUCGGCUGACCGUUGACAAUGAACAAAAUUAGUGUGAGACAGAGCUCUAAGUACUAAAAAAAAACCACUGUUGUUAGUGGUCUUAAUAAAACUGUCUGAAAGUAAAACUCGGGGACAAAGAAGCUGGUUUCUUCAGGACUGACGUGUUCAUAUCACUGGAGGUCGACAGUGUCACCCCCCCUCUUGUCUGAGUUUUGACAGGUGGUAGUUCAGCUGACUUACAGUAGUCUUUCUCUGUUGAUCAGGCAAAGUCCUGUGGCAGCAACAGACAGUUAUUGUAAGCCGUUUAAAGAACUGGUUGUUGCAAUUGUUUGGUAGUCUUGUCUUCUCUUUUUGUCUUUUUAUUGAUGGGAAAAAAACUUCAGUUUAUGUUCAAGAUUCUCUUUACCUCGUCCUUGUCUCGCACUGUGUGUGUGUGUGUUCCUCUUUCUCUUGCUCAAUUAUGUUAAACUUGUGUUAUAAAAAAAACCCAAAGUAUUUUGAAAUAAUUUUAUCGAUAACAAAGGAUAAGAUAAAGUAAAAAUAUAUCAUUGCCAUAAAUAAAUACUGAGGCGGAGAGGGAGACAUAUACAUUGCUUAUAGUGCUGGUCGACUCAUACGCUUCAGUUAAUAACUUCACUUAUCAGCUUAGAACCAGACCUGGGGAUUAUAUCAGAAAAGGCAAAUGUCUAAAGUGCAUUGUGGAUAUUUCGUGUCCAAAAUCCCACAAAUCAAAAGUUCCUCAUAGGAGCUUUAAAAAUUGUUCGCUUUUAACCGUGUAAAUUUUGAAUUGCCACUGUCUUAAAUUAAAUUAAUUUGGAACAAUCAAUCUUAAACUCGAGUUUUGAAGAUUGUGCUUUCUCAGAUUGUACAGUUAUUAAAAUUUCCAAAACAUAUCCUCAGUAAGAAGUGUGUGAUUGUGAGUCUGUCUGCCACCACAUGUAAAAACUAGAAAAGCACUCGGAGAGCUCAGACCUCCACCAAGCAGCUCGUGUCCCCCCUUAUAUUGUGAUUCACACCAAAACUUUUACUGUUACAUGUCUUUAUUAACUUUCAUUUGUGUUUAAACUGGUAUGUUCACUGUUCAUAAUGUUCCUAAAACAGGAAAUGCCUUCAAACUCAGGACCCUCUGGUUGUGAGGCGACAGUGCUAACCACUACACCACUGUGCCGCCCAUUGGUUAUCUUUCAGGAUUGAAAAUUCCAACGACACCCUUAUUUUUGUGUGUUCUGGAUCACAGUAUCCAGAAUUUUGUCUGGAUCAGGAUCAACCUUUGAUACCUCAUAAAACUCAUUGAGAUCCUUUUGUGUUUUUUACUAAAGACUCUGGCCAUUUUUAUUGAGUUAAAUGCAAAAAUUCCAAAAUUUGCCCUAUCUCACAAUGAUAAAGAAUCCUUCAAAAAAUUCCUGGAUCCAGAAGACGAUCCGGAUCACCACCAAAAUUUAAUAGGAUCCUCCUGGGGCUGAGACGCACCUCUGGUGAAAAUUUCAGGUCAAUCCGUCUGUAACUUUCUCCGUAAAGUUGUUCACAGACAAACAAACAAACAAACAAACGCUACCGAAAACAUAACCUCCUUGGCGGAGGUAAAAAAGUGUUGUUUAACCAUGUAUUGGACCCAAAUCACAGAGCUCGAGCUACUGUGUGUGUGUGUGUGUGUGUGUGUGUGUGCAGUGACAGUCACAGUGUUACUGUGAAGCCCUGCAUGGAUGGAAUUACACAGAGUUAUUUAAACCUUAUUCACUGUCUAACCAGACUUUCUCAAUUUCUGAAAGAUUGCAGUGAAAGUGCCGAAAACGACGAGGAUGAAGAAUUUGAGUGGUAUUUUAAACAGGAGAUAUACAAGGAGAGCUCUGAGGAAAAGCAGAAAUACGGCUUUGGAAAUCAGCGGUCUGGAGUGAUGGCAAGAUUACAGGUAGGAUUAAAGACAAUGGUUCUUGUCUGUUUUUAAAGAUUCAGUUUGAUGUUAAACAUCACUGCAAAACUGACCGAUUUUUCUCGACAGGAGGAAUUGGGCAACGUCAUUGAUAUCAAGAAUCCUGAGGAAACUUCAGCAGUGGAGCGGAGGCAGAGGCGGCUGCAUGCAGAGGCGUGUGCUUUUUCUCCUGACCAUUACCUGUGAGUCCAAAUCUCUGAUCACAUUGCUUUACUUCCCACUGUGCUGUCUGCGGUCCACUUAAGUCUGUAUGUCAUUGCAGCGCUGAUUUGUUUGAAGACGAUGAGAUAAAGAGGCUGCUGAAGUACAAGCCAUGGUGGGCAAAGACGAGUCCUUCUGUGGAUCAGGAGGACGAAAACUGUGAGUCAAAGUCAUAAAACAUCCUGAAAUUACCCAAAAGUAAAAACUGUUGUUGAAGCAGACUUUUCUGACUCUGUGCGCUGAGAUUAAAAAUUAUAUUUUAGGGGUUUCAAGAAAAACAUAAUAAAAAUAAAACGCCACAGAAACUAAAUUAAAACAAAGAUUUAUUAAUUUAAGUCAAACUGCUUAUUGACACUAGAAGGGCUCAUAUUCUGUACUGAUCCAAUUGCAAGAUAAAUAUACAAAGCACCUAAAAAUCAUAAUAGAAUACAUAAAAUAUCAGUCUGAGGGUUCCUGUCAUUGCCGUACUAAAUAUUUGUGCUUCGUAAACAUUAAAUUUGAGGUGCUCUCAUGAUCCAACCAGCCUUAAAAGUUCAGUUUAUGGCUUUUGUCGUGUCAAAUCAAGGGUAAUUAAUCGUCAGUAUCUUUGAAUGAUCUACAUGUGAUUUAUAAUAUAACACAAACUGCUCUAAUCCUUGUUUUCUUGCAGCCAUAUCCUUCACUGAAAACGAGAAGGAGCAGCUGAGAAAAUUCAACAAUCGCUCCUACCUGUUAGACAAAGCUGCUUCAUGCCAAGUGUGGCUCAGCCUUGUCGACAUCCUGCUGGCUUAUUCCUACGAUGUCCGUUCUACAGAAGGAGAGCACAAUGUAAGUGAGUGUGUGUUACUGUAGAGCAGCAUUUAGCAAUAGAUGACUAAAUCCUGUAUCCUCAAAUCCUUGAGACUCCUUAGGGUGUCCCCAGCAGAUCCAGGAGCUCAGUCCAAGCCUUGUGGUGUUUCUUCUCUUGAAUACACGAACGGGGCAAAGUCAUGAAGGCUCAGGGAGAUUUUUGAGGAAGCAGUUUAUCAAAUUCAAGCCUCACUGUGAAAACUAAACUUUGACAUUAUUUGCAAACUUUCUAAUUCAUGUAUGGGACAGUAUGAAGAGAGUCUAUAACAAGAUCCUUUGUAAAAGUUUAGUUUAACUUGAUAAAAGUUUGAACAUUUACUUUCCAAAGUUGUGUUUCAAUCAGAGUAGUUGCUCCUUCGUUUUUUCUCUGUGGUUGUUUUCGUGAUAACAAGUGGUUCCCCUGUUCACUGCAGGUGGAAUCACACUGGACCAUCAGGAAACUCAGCGGGACACUCUGCUGGCUGGAGGUGAGUCUGUUCAGGCGCUCAAAAGAACGACAACAGGUCGCAAAAUAUUCAUGAUCACAAAUUUAAAGCGUAUUUUCUGUAAUUUGACAUCAUAGUGAAUGUGCCGGAGCAUUCAUGGGAAUAAAGACGAGAAUAACAAAUUAUAGGUUAGUAAAUUUGGAACUGUUUCUCAGUUCAUAUAUUGUUUGUAUUCGCACUAGCAAAGCACUGGCCUGUCCAUAAAUGAUAUUUUGUACGCUGAUGACUUGUGGUGGUUCAGGAAGGAGACAGAAGAAAAGUAAUGCCUUAACAGCCUUAAUGAAGCACAUGGACUUAAUCAUUUGUCUGCUCUGACAGACUAGUCCCUCUAUUUGCAGAGGCGCUUUCACCCAUCUAUAAUAUACCCCCCUUUUUUUGUGCAAGCUCUUUUUUUGCACACUUAACAUAUUUUAGUGCCCGAGUGGCUUAAUCAAAUGUUUCUAAUGUUACUGUAAAUUUGGUAGAUUUUAUGAUUCCCAUGUCUAUUGUUUUGCAGACGUUCAACAACUUGCAAGAAGUCUUGGUGUCAUUUGGACGGAGGGUUUUGUGUUACCCACUCUAUCGGCACUUUGCCAUGGUCUCUGCGGCUGUUCGUGACACAGUGAAGAUUUUGAAACUAGGUGAGUUGUUUAGAACAGGGUUACUACGCAAGUAUGGAAAGUAUGGAAAUAAAUUUGAUCAGUUUCCAGGUCUGAAAAAGUAUGGAAAGUGAAAAAUAAAGUAUGGAAACAUAUUUAUGUUUCCAGACUAUUACCACAGUUCGAAAUGCUGUUGUCUAAAAUAGAAAAGUAGGUAUUUCCAAAAAUAAUUCUAAAAGGCAGGGUAUGGAAAACUAUGGAAAUUCCAUCUGUGUUGGAACCCUGUCAAAAGCACCAUGGCAGCAACAGCAACACUGAUAUUGUGAAUGGAAGCUGCUCAAAGUCAGAUCGCAUAAUCAUACAGGUACUUAGAAAUCCUGAGUAUAAUCAGACCUGGACAGAAGCAGAGCUGAGAGAAAAAAGCAUAUAGAGGCAUAAGUUUAGCAAAAGUGAUCAGCCACAACGAUUCAACUCCCCUGCCUCUGGAGGUGGUGUAAUUAGAGUCGGAUUUAGAGGAAUAGGCAAGAACAGACCUGAUAUCCAAAAGUGCGAGGUAAUCGUGUUAUCAAACCUCCACAAACACAUGAAUGGAUAUGUGUGUGUGCUCACACUGUCCAACUCUUGGUGUGCAGAAAUGCUUAUUUUAUUUUGUUAACUAUUGAUUGUUUUGGUAGAAGUAAAAUUAUCUCAAAAGUGAUCUUUUUGCUGCAGAUGGGGUUUGAACGUCAGUAUGACAAAACCAAAAGAGGCAACAUUCAUCUGACUCACUAUUAGUCCAUAUUUUUAACAGUCUUUUUUUGCAAAAAGUAUAAAAUUAUUUGUUGUAACAGUUGUUCUGUUGUACAAAAGGAUCCCUGCUGAGGGGAGGAGAGGAAAGGCCCACUAAUAUGUACUUUCCAUUUCCCCAAGAUUAGUCCAGCUUGUACUGCUGCUUGUAUUGUGUAAUUUCUUUAAAUAUACAUAUAUUUGAAUUGACACUUGUCGUAUAUUCUGUUUGCACUUGCCUCUGUAGUGAGCCAUAUCCGAUACACCACAAAGAGAUAAAAGCUCGUCUUUCACCUGUUACAUCACUGUUUACAAGUUGUCACCGGGUCUUUAAGGACUUGUAGGAAGAGUCUUUCUUCGACAAAAGCAUACAGAGGAAGUACGUCUUGGAAGAAGUGAUUUAAACUCACUCAUGUAAGUUUAGUGUUAGUGUGUGAAAGGCAAACCCAAGAAAGAUUCAGCCAGAGCACUUUGUGGCCCGGUUGUGCGGCCAUUUCCAUUUGCUAACACACUUAAACCCACAACAAGCCUAUUUAAGGUGGCUGGCUUUAAAACGGUGACAAAUACUCUGUUUACACCCGAGAAGUCAUAUAUUGAAAUCCACUCAAAUAGUUCAGGGUCUGUCAGCUGAUUCAACAUAUUCACAAUAGAGCAACAAUGUUUGUUCAUGUAUCCUGUUAGGGACCAGGAGACUCUCUGAGGAGAAAAAUAAGUGAGAAAAUCCUCCACAUGUUUUGAGCCAGGAAGCUUUUCAACUUACUGUUUGAGUUCAGUCUUCAUGAUUAAGAAAAAGCAGAGUCAUCAUAAACUGUCUUCUUUAAGAUUUUCUAUCAGAAACUCUUUUUAUUUUAUACAUCGAAUUUCUGCUCAACCUGCAGCAUUGCUGUUUAAACAAUAACUGUGAGCCUUCAACCGUAUAUGAUGCUUUUUACAGCAGCUGGAUCACAUUGUCACACUUUGUGCUGUGUGCAAAUAACACAGUUUUUCCAUUUGCCUGUGAUGGUGCAUUUGUGUGCCUAUAGGAAAAGCCUGUGUCCUCAGAUGCCUGCUGCAUAUUCACAAAAUCUUCAGUGAGAACGACCCAGCCUACAUACUGAACGAUCUGUACAUCACAGACUACUGCAUCUGGAUCCAGAGGGUCAAGUAAGUUCUCACAGAUCCACAUCCUUCAUCCCGCAGAUACUUCUUCAACAGGUGACGUGACCGUAAUGAUGUUCUUGUUUUUCUUGUCAUAAAAAUUCACACUUAUUGGGAUAUUUGGAUUAAGUAAAUGAAUUAGCUAGCCACACGUGCUCAAUUACAACCCUACACAUCGCCACCUACUCCUGCCAUACCACUUCGGCUGCUACCUCCAAGAGGAGAUCAGAGGUGGAACGUCUUUGCUCUACCACUAAACCUAUGUGCAUCACACAUUGUAGAGCGUGUAAGAGAAGUGUAAAUACCCCAGCUAAAAAUGACAGUCUGUAAAAGCUUACAGAUAAAACUGUAAAGCUGGAGCUGUUUCUCUGGUGUAGUCAUACACAAGAUAAAAUGAGGAAUUUUCUUUUUUUUUUUUUUUUUUUUGUCAUCUUCUCUGACUUGCCUUUUUUUACUCUAAAACUUUUCAGGUCAAAGAAGAUGACAGCCUUGGCCACAAUGUUACAAAAGGCAUCUCUGCAGAAAAAAGAUUUGGAGCUGGAACUUGAAGAGCUAGAGGAGGCAGCAACAAUGGUAGUGGAUGAAGAAGACCAUGACGACAAAGGGAGCUGCUCCAGUGACACUUGCAGUGAAUCAGCAGAUGGCAGCAAGGAUUCUGAAGAUAAUGGACAGGGCUGCAACCAAUCUAACCAAGCAGGAAGUCCCUCAUCUAAGGACAACCCUCUACAGCCCCAAUCCAGUUGGACUGAUUCUCCUGUUCCCCAGGAUUUCACAAAUCCACUCCCCUCAGCCUGUGGGAGCUCUAAACAGCUGAUCCAAGAGCUAGAGACAACAGUGUCAGUGGAGUCGAAAACCCCUCAAGACUCCAGUUCCAAAGCAGAAGGAGACUCGUCUAGCAGUAGGACAUUCUUAGAAAUAAGUCCAAGCAGAAACCAACUACUGAUUGUUCCAAAGCAUGAAGAUCUUGACGGGUGACAUUUGCUCACAAAAACAACACAGAACUUGAACACGUCUCAGUGAGGAGUGUAGUGGGCAUAUCCAUAUCAUUGGCGAGUAUUAUCUGCUAAAUUUGAGCUAGUCACGCUCAGAAUUCACGAGUAGAAUGCGCAUCUUAUUGCAUCUUUGCACUGCCUUUCAUGUAAUUCACUUGCGCCAGGAUUUUACUUGCGCCAUGAUUUUACUUGUGCUCGGUGUGAACACAACAAUAGACCCUCCAACAGUGAGUCAGCUCAGGGCUGGCCCAUUGACAAGGUAGUUUGUUUGUUAGCGGAGUCAUCUGUGAAUUGGAAUUCGUACUAGAGUUCACACAGAGGGAAACUGCCCUUAUCAAGAUUUAAAAAUAAAAAAAAGCAAUCCCACAGAUGUAAACAUUUAAAAGAUGCUUGAAUCAGGGUCUGAUCAAACUGCAGUUUUUCUUAUUUUGUUGUGUUUGAUUAUCAAAUUUAAAAAUCUGAUCAAAAAUAAAAUGUAUUUUUAAAUAAAAAAAAAUCAUGCCAUUAAGAAAGAGUUAAUGUUUUUCAUUCUGUGGAGGGAUUUCUGAGUCUGCUAAAUCGUCAUUUGUGUAAAAUGCUUAUUAUUUGUGUGACAUGUAACCAUGGUUACAGAAAGUUACCUCCUUUCAGUCUCUAAGCUUGCAGUUGCACCUGAUUCCUCCACCUUGAUGAAGGGACCUUCAGUGAAUUCUCUUUUGAUGCUAUCACAAACUGUGCCCCCACCUCUAACAAAAUGCCCACUACACCACUGUUCUGAGUGGUUUUACUCAGAGUAUUUGCUUUAAGAAAAUCUAAAGAACUCUUUAUUUUCAUACUUUGUGUUUUCAAUGAGUAUAUUCAUGCUUUUAUAGUCUGUUUAAAGUUAAUAGCACCCCAUGGCUUCAGGGUGCAUCUGGAAAGAGGAACAGCAGGAAACAGAGCCAGCAGUGACUAACUGUGACGCUGGUUGUGGGUAUACUUUUACAGCACAUUUUCUGCAACUUCAAAACAGAAAUAUAUAUAAAGGAAAAUGUGGAUAAGUUGAUCAUGAAACAGUUGUUGAAUCUACAAAUGUGAUUCUUAACACUUAAACUCUGCACCAUGGGUGUUAGAACUGUUGCACUUAGAUAAGACAUGUUUGAACCACUUUUUAAAAUUGUCAGUCUGUCACCUUCACUUUUAUCCUGAGUCAGUAACUUCAGUAAAGUUGGGAUGAUAAUCAUCAAAUCUGCAUUCCCUGGUCAAUAACUCAUCAACACCACAUUGUCGUUAGGGAAAGUUCUUCUUUCCAAACAUAAUUAUAUCAAAUGCUAUGUGUCUCAUGCAAAGGGGCCGUCUGCAAAGUGUGAUUCACAAGAAAAGGUGCAACAAAUAUAAUUAUUAACAUCACCAGGAAAGGGUGCAAUGUUAUAAAAACUUAUUCACACAACAAUCAUCUUUGCCGACAAAAAAUUCCACAAAAAUAUCACCUUCUGUGAGUGUAAUUAUUUUUUCUCAUCAAUUAAUAGAAGUCACAAGAAAAGUUUGUCUUCAACAACACAACAGUUAAAAUCUAUGUUUGGAUGGUUUGUCAUUUUUUUUCAGCUGUAAUAGAUUUUUAAAAUUGUAAAACCAAGAGUAAAUGGAAUGUUUAUGUAGUAAUUUUCUCUCGUUUCUGACAUCUCGAACUGGCUUAACGCCAUAUAAGCCGGUAUUCAGUUGCCAUGGUUACCCAUACACAAACGAGGAGGGACAUAACGGUACUGGAAACUGGAAAUAUGUCACAAAGACAUGGCACUGCAGGCUAGCAUUAAGGAGGUGCAGCGCAGGUCUGAUGCAGAAGCAUAAACCAGGAUUAAUUAACUUCCACUGAUCACUUUUUAACCAGAGCGUAAAGCUUUUCCUCUGCGUCUGCAUUGUAGUGUCUGCCUUGUUCUGUAAAACCUCUUUUGAACGCUGGGAAGAAGGAUUUUGAUUAACAAGCAAAGCAGUCCCCAAAAGUUUCGGGUCCUGCUAUGAUCCCUCCUUGCAUGUGUGUGGGAAACCAUGGCAACUGAAUCUCAAUAUUACAUAUUUGAGUUACAUCCAAGAUAUGCUACAGUUGUUCAGACUGCAAUUAUUGCAAACAUUAAGAGAGAUUAGAUGUCUGAAGAGAUGAGAAAUAAGAAAAAAAGGUAAUAUGGUUGAUAAUCAAUUACUAGUCUCUGAUUAAAGGAAAGUUCUAUGGCAUGCAAGGAUAGUCUACUCCUCCUCCAUAAGAAGAAAAUUAAAAUAAUCCCUUUUCAGCAUUAACAGGCUAACAGACAGUCAGGGCUCCGUUGAGCCGUGUAUCCCUGUAGCCCUCAUUUGUGAUGAUUUUACAAGCUUCUUUAAUAAAAUCCUGAAUAUUAAAGACAAAACUAGUAAUCCAUUUGCCCCACUGGGUUUGGAUGCCCUACUCAAUUAUGAAAUCAUGGAAACAGUUGUAGUACUUAAUGUGUACCUUUGUUUUGUUCAUUUUUCACCCAUCGACCUUCCUGAACUCAACUCAACUGUUUUAUCAGCCAAAUCCUCAACUUGUCUCUUACACCAGGUUCCUGCUAAGCCGCUGAAAGAUAUUUUUCCAUACUCAGCUCUUUUUUACACAACAUGAUUGAUAUUUCUUUAGAGGCAGGGUAUAGCAGUCUUUUAAAGUAGUUGUGAUCAAACCUCAAACACUAGAUUCAGGCCCUUGGACUUACCAUAGACCCAUUUCAGACUUCUCUGGGCUAGCUCAGCCAUGAACCUGGCUUGAGCUCAAAAAGAAUGAGAGUGCAGUUGCUGCUCUGUUAUUUGUUGCAACAUCCAAGUACAAGAUCUGCAAUGAAGCAGGAGAAAUUUAACUUGAACUUUUUAGGUAUGGUAGCAGAUCAUAAUGGCUGGCCUUAGAGCUCUCAGUGCUGACAUUAUGCCAGGAAAAGAGGUAACAGGUAGGUACUGCAUGUGUAAUUUGACAUGGUGACAAACUUCAAAUGAGCUUUGGAUAAAUCUUUCUUGCUGUGACGUACUAAUAUACUUAUGAAUCUGAAAAAUUGAUUGUUCUAAGAAAAAUCAUCAUAUUUGUCUGAAAACAAAUUCAGAAUUUAUUUACCCCUAGCCUGAAAAAGUGAACAUCUCAUUAAACGAUUUUAAGUUUGUCUGUUAGUUGUUAAAUGACCUUUUACAUUUAUUCAAAACUUUUGGCUAAGUAAUGAGACUAUGAACAAAAAUAUGGACACAACUUUAACACAUUACCGCCAUUAGGGAACCAUCCACUGCACCAAACAGCACAAUAUUGUACCCAUAGAAAAAAAGGGAAAAAACAUUCAAUAUACCAAAGUUCAUUCUUGACUUUUUUCAUGACUCCAUUUAUAAAGAUUCAGUUAAAAAAUGAACUAAUUGUUGAUAUUUGCAUAAACACAACAUUGUAUUGUGCCUUAUGAGUUUAUGAUUUGUGUCAACAUGGAGCAGAGAGACGGACGCACACACAAAAGCUGUUAUGCACACCAUCAAACACUAGAUUCAGGCACUUUGACUUACCAGAGACCCAUAUAGGUUCGUUCUAAAAGAUACGACUGAAACCAGCCAAGUGCAGUGUCUCUGAUACCCACCCAGUUUUUAAGACGUUCAAUUAAAAUAGCAUGAUCAGCUGAUUUAAAGUCCACCAUAGCUCUGAAAGUGGAUUAAAAUUGAGCCCUCCUCUCCAUCUGCUGCUAAAAGAAUGUCAUUGGUCACAUGGAGGAGGGCAGUCUCAGUGCUGUGACCUGCUCUAAAAACCAGACUGAAAUCUCUUAAAGAGGUUGUUUUCAGACAUAAAACCUAAAAGCUGUUUAGAAACCACCUUCUCUAAAAGUUUGGAUAAAAAUGGAAGUUUUGAAAUUGUUAAAAUCAGAGGGGUCAAGGUUUGGCUUCUUUAAAAGGGGUUGGACCACAGCGUGUUUAAAAGCAGAGGGAAAUACUCCCUCAACUAGAGAGCUAUUAAUGAUGGAUAAAAUGCUGGGCCCAACCACGUUAAAAAACUCUUUGAGAAAUCUGGUGGGUAUAGAAUCAAGACUGCACAUAGCUGGUUUCAUUUUGGCUGAAAUAUCAGAUAAAAUUUGUAAGGACCAGAGCCCAGAAGAAACCAAUAGAUCAACUUCACUUGAAGCAUGACGGAGAGACUAAAGGACCUGGAUGACCAGAAACUUUUUGUGACUCAAUUAAAAAACUUCUCGCAGGUGUCUUGAGAAGCAUCAGUAAAAUAAGAGUGGGAAGGGUUGGAAAGAGACUCUAAAACCUUAAAUAAAACUCUGGGGUUUGAAUAAUUCAAAUUUGAGUAAAAUUUUGCCCUUGCAUCCUUAACUGCCUUCUGGUAGUUUUUCAUGGAGUCCCUCCAAAUUUGGCAGAAAACCACUAACCCAGUUUUCUUCCAUUUGCGUUCAUUUCUUCUUGGAUUACUUUUAGUUCAUGAGUGGACUCUGUGAGCCAGGGUUGGGGUUCUUUGUUAGAUCUUUUCUUUUUCAGAGGAGCUACAGAGUCCAGGAUGGUUCCACACAUACUGUUAAAAAGAGAGACAAACUCUUCAGUGUUAAAAACUGGAUAGAUAUCCUUAGUUAAAAACUCCCAGGACUAAGUCGUGUAAAUAAAACCAAAUCUAGGCAAUGUCCCUUUACAUGAGUUGGU